GCGUUGCUAUAGCAACACAAUAUUCACAACAAUUCUUACUUCAAAACAAAUGCUCAUUAAUUAAAGACGAUAAUUACAUUUAAUAUUCUAAAUAAACAGUUAAUUACGCAAUAUUAUAUAGAUAUGUCAAGACAAGUGCGGUCGUUUUGAAUCUGUGUUCGUUAACAUGUAAUGGAGAAAAGAUGGUGAACUCAAGGCAAUCGGGAACAUAAAUCAAUAUGUUCCCUCGGUUGGCAAGCUGUUGUUUGAUCCUGUGCAUAUUGGAGACGUUGCUAGGGAGCGUCAGCUGCAAAUGGGUUGAGGGUAACAUCAACACUAAGGAGAAUUGGGCUUUCCUGGCGCGCUUCUGUUUCCUAUCACUAGAUGGCCAGUUCGAAUAUUUGAUAGAGUAUGAUAAAGACAUGGGUAUACCCAAUCUUUUGUUGUAUUAUGACGAUGACAGCCAAUGGCCUGCCGUCUACCACAGUAGCAAGACAUGUAGAGAACGUGAGGCAGUUCUCAAUAAGGCUGGUCAAAACCAAAUGAUAAAACUGUCUUACUGGUAUCCGGACACAGAGUUUUCUGGUUGCAUCAUCAGAAAAGCAAAUAAGGAAAUGCCUGCCGAAAAAAGCACAACAACGACGACAACGAAUGCCCCAUCACCAACAACAAAGAAUCCGACAGCAAAAAGGAAAAACAGCACAAAAAUAGAACAUCCCCUUGAUCCGGCUUAUUAUGACCAAUUCUUGAAAACUACCACGCCGAAAACAAAAACUUCUAUAAUCGACUCAAAUUCCACUACGUGGUUCGAAAUACUGCCGACGGACGACUUAAAUUCUACAGCAGUGUUGCCAGAGGAAGAUCUCUGGGAGAGUGUGGGAACGGAUAGAAAUGACAGUCAAUUUGAAAAUCUUAAAGAUGUAGAGAUAUUAUUUGAUAACGAUAACGGUGUUAAUCACAAAAUAAAGCGAUCUACUUUUGAACUGUACGAGCAUUAUCAUCGUCGUCGGCUCGCGUCCAACCAAGCCUCCAGCAACAGUCAAAGGAAUGACAAUAAGAACAAUAAUGUUGAGAAAAUUGUCGUAUCCUGCCAUAACUCUAGGCGGUUUAGAUCUGCUAGAGAAAGGUGGUGGUUCAUAGCAAUAAGUAACUGUGACAGCCCUAAGGGUUUGGAUGUACACUACAAAUUUCUGAUGACAAAUGGCCCAGAUGGUGAUUUCUGGCAUGAACACUUUUCUGCUGACGAGUUUUACGUACUCCCAGUGUUGCUAGCUUACACAUUUGCUUACGUAAUAGUGAUGAUCGCAGUAGUGAUGUGCAGUGUUGAACUCAAGUCUCGGCAUCUUCUUCACUCCACUUACAAACUCUUCCUAAUAUCCAUAGUGGCGCAACACAUUGGAGUGGUAUUGCAGAGUUUAGCAUACAUACGGUACGCUGUUAACGGCGUUGGUAGUGACAAUGCAAAAGUUUUUGGACAAUUCUUCUGCGGUGUAUCAGAGACCACAUUUUUGCUGCUACUUAUUCUGAUGGCAAAAGGAUACACAAUUACCCGGGGCCGGCUCAAAGUUGCGUUCACUGUUAAACUAACCAUCUUCAUGUGCUGUUAUAUUGUCACUUACAUAGUUCUGUUUGUGUACCAAGCUAAGGCUUUCGACCCUGGCGAGGUGCUGUAUCUGUACGAGAGCCCGGCGGGGUACGGUCUGAUAGUGCUGCGAAUACUUGCGUGGUGUAUGUUCGCUUAUUCCACAUUCUUCACUGUCAAGAAAUAUCCGGAGAAGAAUAUGUUCUACUGUCCAUUUUUUAUUUGUGGCACUCUCUGGUUCCACGCUGGGGCACUGUUCAUACUCACAGCCAACUCAUACAUAGACAAAUGGGUGAGAGAGAGCGUCGUGACUGCUGUGUUACUCUUCAUUACAUUUAGUGGACACAUCAUGUUUUUGCUAUUGACACUACCUGUGUUUGCAAAUAAGAACUUCCCAUAUCAUGUCCGUACCACACAAAUAGGAGUUAUGGAGGUGACUGGCAACACAGCGUUGGACAGUUUUGGCCAUAAUGCAUACCAUCCCAGCAAUGGAACCGCACAGACUGUUAUAAUUCCGUUAACCAGACGUACGGAAGAACUUAUUGGGAAUAUGUACAAUCAAUAUAUGGCUUCAGCUCCGCCGUUGCCACUCGAACAUGAUACCCCGAAACUGAAUGGUGUACCGAAACGAAUCGACUCUUUGUCACCAAAAAACCGACUCGUUCAACAAGAUAGUACAGAUACUAAUACAUCUGACGAUAUUAACCCGGUUCUAAACGAGAACAGAGAAAUAUUUACAGUUGAAAAUCAAAUGAAGAAAAUCGAUAACGUGUUGCCACAAGAGAAAGCUAAAUCUGUGUUGCCACAUGAAAACGUUAAUUUGCCGUCUGUGUUGCCAAUCGCGAACGGUGUUCCAUUAGUACUGCCAUAUGAGAACGGAGUGAAGUUACCAAAUACAGAAAAGGAAUCAAGGAAUGAUAUGCCGAGCGUGUUGAGGUCUAGAAGAAACAUCCUAGAGCCCAUUAAGAGGGAGGAAGCACCAGUGCCUUCGUGGUCUUUAGCCAAAGGGCCAUGUGUGAUUUCUAUGCACAAAAAAGCAAAACCUCCAGAUGAAGAAGAAUCACCGAAUUCUCCUAAUGGUAGUAUAACAUUGCCAAAUGGCAAGAAAGUUCCACCAGUAAGAAACGGCCUACCGAGUUCUGGUGAAAUUUCUACUAUCCACGAAGGACACGUGCAAUCUUACAAGAAUACAGUCAGCAAAGCUACCAUAGAUCUGUUUAGUGUUGCUAGUAAUAAGGAAUGAUAUUUAACAGAUAGUAGUAGUUUCUGAAAUACUAAUUAAUAGUUUAGGUAAUGUUUAUUUUGUAAGCAAGUGAAUUUGUAUUAUAAGGCCGAAUAUAAUAAGGCAGACAACGGAUAAAAUUUUCGGGGUUAUAUUAUGAUUAUACUAAAAUUUUGAAUGAGGACUGUUUCUCUCCACACUAAAAUAGUUGAGACGACGAGACAAACAUAUAAAGAAAUUUUGUUCAUAAAUAAUUAUAGACAUUUAUUAACACAGACCACUAGUAUUAUGGUGAAACGGAUUUUAAAUUUUUUGACGUGGUGUUGCAGUGUAAAAAGAAUUUAUUAUUUUGCACCAUUGCAGAACAUACUGUACAAUUUAUUUAUUUGGUAAUAAGAUUGUCGAUGUAUGCAAUCGCUGGACCAAGGCUUAUCUACUAAAAAAAUAUGAUAUCGCGAUAUGCGAUUUUCUGUCAGAGUUAAUAGUUAUUUUUCUAUUUUUACUUUACUAAAAACUAGACUAGUCAUAUGUUAAAACUGUACAUAUUAAUUAAAUUAAUGUUUGAUUUAAUAAGAGUUGUAUUCUGGCAUGGGACUUUAUUAAUAUUGGAGAUGUGCAUAAAGUGGUAACAAGUCAGUGUAAGGUGACUCGUAUGCUCUUUUGUACCGUUAUAUAAAAUUAAAAAAUAAUAAAUCCAUAUUUGGGGUUUCAGUAUGGUAAAGCACUAUAUUAUAUAUACUUAUUUAAUAGAAUGUAUUUAAUAGUAGUUGGUCGUUAGUAGAUUAUACGUACAAUAUUUUAUUUGGCAAAUGCAUAACAAUUCCAUGUUUCAGAGGCGCACAUUAUAUUUUAAUGUAAUAACUUAUAUGUAAUUAGAUCGAGAAAGCUUGAAUAAUUUCGGGAACAAUUCGUGAUCCUUAAUCAUGAGCGGGUGUGAUUAAGGAUCCCGAAACUAGUCGAGAUUUCUCGAUUUAAUUACACGUAAAUUAAAGCAGUAGUUAAUACAUUAAAACCACGUGUUCUGAUAUACAAAUAAUUGGUUUUAGUUCAAGCAAAUAUCAACCGCAAGGAAACAGCUAUUUAUUAAUUUUUUUUUUUUUUUUUAGUUCUUAAGGGCUUUUACUUUCUUAGGGCCAUCAGCCUCUUACGAAUGUAAAUCGCAAGACGCGUGUUCCCAAACAGUGACGUUGUUUUUCCGACAGUAAAUAUAUUUUUUAUUGCAUCUUAUUACUAUUUUAGACAGAGUAAAGGGGCGAAGGAUGUUCGUAGACAAAUGGCAAACGAAUCUAUCGAUUGAAUAGUUGCUGUGAGCAAAACACCGAACAUUGUUGCAGGCGUCCAUAGGCUAGUGACCGUAUACCAUCAGAUGGGCUGUAUGCUUGUUGGCCACCUUUGUGAUAUAAAAAAAAAUUACGUUUUUUAUUUCAUGUAUUUGCUAACAACAACGAUUCUAUCAGUAGAUUCGUUUGACAUUUGUCUGGGAGAGGAAGGGAAUUUCGCUUUGCGUUUUCAAUUAAAUGGAAUUUACAAAAAUAUAUUUUUAAACAGAACACUGAUAUUGUCUAAAAAUUAUAUAAUUACGGUACCUUGUAGUUGAAUAUUAUAUAUAAUAAUUAUUACAACUCAUUAACACAAUUGUUUAUAUCUAAUACUCAUGAUAAUGGAUUUCUAAAGUGUGUGAUAUUUUUAUUACCCAUUUAGUUUUAAAAAAAUAAAACAAUUACUCUAUA